CGGACGGUGCGGACUCAAGGUCAAGCAAGAGUCAGUCGACGACAAAAAGGUCAGCAAGCGUUCGCUAUCUUCUGCAGAGAUAAAAACGGAGCAACCGCGAGACGGAGAGGUGGAAGCAGAAGUGUCCGCCCUUCCACUGACCAGCGAGCGAUCGUUCGUCAACAUUUAUACCCUGAUCGGUGGACCUGCCCGAGCGGAGUCGCGUCAAAGUCGUCAUUUGGGAAACCAGCUCGAAAGCCACGUCCUAGGCUCCUGGGUGUGUGUGUUUGGCAACUUCGGCCAGACGCAGCUUCGACCAGACAGUCGGCACACACGAUAAUGAAAGUUGGAUUUCGGAUACGUUGCACCGAUAUUCGCUCGCCUCUCUGAAGAGACCGACUCACAAUCCGUGGUGGUUGUCAACCCCUUCUUUAAUAUUUAAAGACUCCGUGUUCAAUUUUCGAGGGAUUUCCCAAUUCAGUCCAGACGAUGGCUCUCGACUUCUUCGCCGGUUGUGUUGGAGGCUGCUCCGGGGUGUUGGUUGGACACCCACUGGACACCAUCAAAGUUCGCUUGCAGACGCAGGAUUUUCGGAAUCCCGUUUACAGAGGGACGUAUCAUUGCUUUAGAACUAUCGUCGAGAAAGAAUCGGUGCGAGGCCUUUACAAAGGAAUGUCGUCCCCGUUGGCCGGGGUGGCUUGCGUGAACGCCAUCAUCUUUGGCGUCCAGGGCAACAUCCAGCGGCGCCUCUCCAACCCCGACUCGCUGCACUCUCACUUUAUCGCCGGAGCGGCUGCUGGCCUUUCGCAAAGUUGGGUCGCCAGUCCACUCGAGCUCGCAAAGACGAGAAUGCAGAUCCAGCAAGGCAACCGACCCAUGUACCGCAGCCCGCUGCACUGCCUGCGCGACGUCUACCACCGCGAGGGGUGGCGCGGCGUGUUCCGCGGCCAGCUCAUCACCGUGUACCGCGAGGUGCCCGGCUACGGCACCUACUUCGUCUCCUACGAGGCCAUUUGCAGGGCGCUGGCCGGCGAGCAGGGCUCGCACACGCUCAGCUCGGCGUCCAUCCUCCUCGCCGGCGGCUCCGCGGGAUGCAUUUCCUGGGUCGCGUCCUACCCCAUUGACGUCAUCAAGUCACGCCUGCAGGCGGACAACAGGUACAAAGGCAUGAUAGACUGCUACAAACAGAGCUACAGGGACGAGGGCGUGCGCUUUUUGUCGCGCGGCCUGAGCUCGACGAUGAUCCGCUCGUUCCCGACGAACGCGGCCACCUUCGCGGCCGUGGCCUGGGUGAUGCGCAUGGCCGGCGCGUCGGAGGCGCCGUCCUCGUCGGCCACCUCGGACCUGCUGACCGCCUCCGAGUUCCUCGACGAGAUCCGCAGAAUCCCGCUCGACGCCAUCUCGGCCAUUCCGCUCGGCAGCUUCAUGUCCAGGCUGGACAGGGACAUGCCGUCGGUCAACGGCGAGGAGGGCGAGGAACACUCCAGACUCGGCAGGGUCUCGUCGGCCGGCAGCUCCAUUUUGAGCACGCUCGGCAGGUUCUCCAUCAGCAGGGAAGUGGACAGCGUCGUCCUUUGAAAGGUCUGCAAAUUUUUAUGUUCAGCUGCAGUUCGGUCCAGAAGGCAGCAUUUUUUUGUAAAUAAAUUUUGGUUGGACUCUUCCGGUCGAAACUACGGGUUCUUUGCUCAAGCGAAUCGCGAUCAUUAACUUAUACUCCGCGACUGUGCGAUAUAUACCGAUGAAUUACAAUAAAUAUAUAGGAUAAAAAGACUGUGAUAAAGCGGCAAAAUGACCUAGAAAUCGAGAUCUAUUAAUUGAUUUGUUACUUAUACGAGUGUUCAUAAAUAGAAUCUAAUUUUUCUUUCGUCUGAGUGACCUCGUGUUCGUUACAGAGAGAGUUCUGUUUUUUACCAAGCGUCUGUCUCUGCUCUUAACGGGAAAUCAUUUUACUACGCAUCAGACUUUAAGCUGAAGGUCAUGGAAUUUGAUGUUGAAAAAAAAAACAAAAAUAUGCUUCUUAAAAUGUAGACAUCAUGAUUAUAUAAUUUUAAAUAUUUCUAUGAUGUUGUGCCUAUAUAUGACAAUCAUAAGUAUAGGGCUGCACGUUUAUUACGAUUGAUCCUAAAAUACAAUUAUUCUAUUAUAUAGUUACUACAUCAAAAUAUUUUACUCUCAAAAGCUACGUUUUAAUCUAAUUCUUAUCAUGUAGUUCAUAUUCAGUGUGAAUGAUCUGUAAAUUGCAUGCUUGCUCGUUGAAAGAUUUGCAAAGCGUUUUUCAUCUUGUUUUAAAAUAUGUAGUUCUGUUAGCGCCUAGCAUACAUUCAAACAUGUUUAAUUUUAAAAUAUUCUAAUCGACGCUAACGUGCAGCCUUAUAAUCAUAAGUGAUGAAAUCCAUUGUUUGAUCAGAUUGCUGUUGUAAAUUUUGCCAAACAACAAUAAAUGAAAAAAACCAAA